UAGUGCGUUUGAAUCUUCACCAUAUUUAGCUACUCUUUGACAUUUUGCUGGUAUUUUAGUUUAGUUAUAUCCUUUUUUUUCAUUUUAAGCCUCUGAGGUGACUCUAACCUAAAACCCUCCUCAGGAAAAUGGACACAAGACUUUGGUGUGUUUGUGGCCAACAUCUUGACCCCGAACAGACUUUUUAAACCCUCUCAGCAAAUUCAUGCACACAGGGUAUUUUGGGACACUUUCCCCUCAUUGUUUGUACUUGUGUUUUUUUUUUUUGUUUUUUUUUUUUUUUUUUUUUGCUAUUCUUCUUUUUGCUAUGCUUUGUAAAUCUAUUUAAAGUCUGAAUAAAGAUCUUUAUAACUGUAAUGCAAUUGUUGAUGAAUAAUAAAAUUCAGCGAUAUAAUGAAUAAUAAAACGGUAAGGUAGCGGAGUAUAAUAUUUUAAACAAUGACAUAACAAAGUGUGUGUGUGUAUAUAUUCAUAAUAUGAAUUGAGCUCCUGUAUAUUUAGCUAAGACUGCUAAGUGCCAACUGUUCCCAAAAUACAAAUUUUGCCACAAGAGGGCAGCAGUGGACUUCCUCCUUAGUGUUAUGGUUUUGUUAGCUGAUAAAUCUAAGCUAACCAUAUAGAUUAUACUCCUUUAUUUUUAUAAACAUUAGAGUAAAGUUGCCACAUUUUAUUCAAAGUAAAGAAGCAUGAAAUCAAGUGAUGCCAUUGUCCUUCCUUGCUUUUGUAUAUUAAAGUGUGCCAAAAGGAUCAUGACAGGCCUACAGUCCAAAUGGAAACAUUAAGUAAAGGGACCAAUUCUCACUAUAAACAAGUUUCUUAUUAGUGUGCCUAUAAUUAACUUAUUGGCUGUUUAUUAGUGCUUAUAAAGCACAUAUUCAGCAUGAGCAUACUCUACAUCCCUACCAAUACCUAAACUUAACAACUACCUUACUAACUAUUAAUAAGCAGCCAAUCAGGAGUUUGAGCCAAAAGUUGUAGUUAAAGGUUUGUUAUUGGUGAGAACUGGACCUUAAAAUAAAGUGUGAUCGUUAUACUUUCAAAAUCACAACAUGUCUAUGAUGUACUUCCCUUGUAUACGUGAAGUUACUUCAUCGUACCGUGUAAGUGAGAAAAAGGCUCCCGCUCGGAAAAAUGGAUGUGAAGGAAUAAUUUGCAUUUAAAGGGCAUUGAUCAUAGGUGGUUGACCUUUCAUUUGAAUGAAGAGUGAAUGGAGUUUGCCACAGCACUCGUGUGCCAGGAUCUAUCAUGAAAGUCCUUGAAGGAUGUCAUUGCAGUCUGGCGUUCUGCUGCUCCAUUAUGUUGUCGACACACCUGGCUUGAAGGUCAGCUAAACUGAAAGCUCUUUGAUUGGAGGCACCACAGCGUAAAGCACUGAUGAUCUACAGUCUCUGAUUGGUCCGUCCCAGAUCCGUUGCCAAAAUUCCCAUAUCACUGCAUUGGUCAAACAGUUGCAGGGUGAAUAAACUCAAGGUAUAACCACAUUCUGUGUUGUGCCGAGACUUUGUGCUUCUUUACAGGUAGAACUACUGCAUCUGAAGCGUCCUUAACCCAUUAUAACAAGGCCUUGCCCUCUAGACAGGAGUGUUGUUCUCAACCACUCCUCCACUGUUGCAGAUUGCUGGGUCGAGCCAUUCAGACAAGAGGGUGAUAGGAAAAACUUGAAGUCUCCCAGGAGGGUAUGAAUGUGGUGUUGUCUCCAAGGAAACCGAUGACGGGGAAUGGAGCGUAACCAAAAAGCCCUACUGUGAAAUAAGAGUCGAUACAUCUCGAGCCUCGUUUCCUCUGAUUGGCUCGUUCAGGCGCGCGCGUCUGAGGAGGACUAUAUAAGCGCAACAGGCGACCUGCAGAUCUGAACCUCUCUCACCGCAGCCUGGGGACAAGAAGCACAGCUCACCCUAAUGAACACUGAAGUGCCUGUGUGAGGAGGAUUCACUGAGAAGAGGAACAUCAUUUGGGAAUCUAGCAUCACCCAGCGGGUUUAGCCCAGAGGGAUCAUGUGGGUUCUGGAGAAGAUCCGGGACUCCGUCGAAACAAAUGUGCUCCGACAAGGAGAGGUGGGUGACAAGGGGAAGGCACCGGUCUAUAGCAACGUCCUCACACCCGAUAAGAUUCCAGAUUUCUUCAUCCCCCCAAAGCUGGUAAGCUGUCCACCAGAGACUGAAGCUUCUGACGUCAAGUCCAAAGAUAGCCUGAGACCCUCGACCUCAGAGCAAACCAUCAGCAACAAGAAGAUCAGCUGCCCUCGUAGCCCACGACUGGUCAGCAAGUUAGCAGGAGACACCAAGAACCUGCUCAGGGCGGCUAACCGGCACAUCAUUCAGAUCGAGAGUGCGGACGACGUCGUAGCGGGCGACACCAACGCCGACCCUCAAUCCCAGACUGCCAUGUCCCUUCCUUACAUUCCAAAGACUCAGACUUCUUACGGAUUUGCCACGUUGAUGGAGAGUCCUCACACCCGGCGAAAAGAGUCCCUGUUCCACUGCGACCACACCAGUCCAGUUACCUCCCCGAAUACCCAACGCAAGUCCCAAGGCAAGAGCAGCAAUGAGGGAAACCACCUCAACCCUCCGGAUUUCAGCACGUCUCACAUAAACCCCUACCGAUACUUCAGCGGUGGCGAGAGCGACACUUGCUCUUCGGCAGAGUCGUCCCCCUUCAGUUCACCACUGCUCUCUCGUUCCGCCUCUUUACUGAAGAUCUUCACCCAUGAGACACAGGCCAGGGUGGCCAAAGGCAAGCGGACAUUUGCCAGGCAUAGUUCCUUAUCCACGGACGAGUGCAGCUCGGCGGAGCCCAGCCCUAACGUUCCUAGAAGGAGUCACUGUUCCUCCUUGCAAGCUGGUGGAGCUCUGGACCAUCUUCAUGGCGCGGACCGUCAAUACAAGGAGCACACCAUCAACAUGCACAAAGGAGGCACCAUCCGACUCUGCGCAGACUACGACGCGGGUACGGCCCGUCUGCGAAUCCGCAUUAUGGCGGCCGAGGACCUGUAUGAUCCCGUGUUUGAUAUUAAGAGCAUCAACUGUUGUGUCUCGCUCUACCUCAAUCCGGGCAAGGUGCAGAAGCAGAGGAGCACGAUAAUCAAGAACAGCCGCAAUCCCGUCUUCAACGAGGACUUCUUUUUCGAUUCGGUGGCUUCGGCUCAGGUUAAGAGCCUAGCUUUGAAGAUCAAGGUUGUGAAUAAAGGCACUAGCCUGAAAAGAGACAUGCUGUUAGGUGAACGGGAGGUCCCUUUGUGCAAGCUCUUGUCUGGAUUUUAGGCCUACAGAAUGGGACCGUGUCUCCAAAGGUGGAAUAAGUUCUUCUGUGCUAUAUAUUUGCUUUGUUGUCUUUCAUGUAGCGGUGGUUAAUUUGGUAUUUACAGAUUCAGAAGCAACAACCACCACCUGCUUCAGACCAAGGCAUUAGCAUAGCUUUAAAUCUGUUGCCUGUAAAUAUAGAAGAGUCUAUGACAAACUCUUUUCGUAUGUUGCCUUCUGUAUUUUGAUUGGUCUACGCAUUUAGCCUUCGCGUUUACCUUUUUGAUCGCAGUCCUUUGAACCUUCACAAUGGCCCUCUGUGCUAAUGUUAGCUUUGAUCUUGGAUGCAUCUGCUGGCUAAUUGGAGGACAAAUAACCAGACUGAACAAUGUUGCGUCACACUGCAUGUGUCGGCGUCAGACUUUGGCGUAAACUUGUAAAUGCGAUGACGUAUUCUGGCAAAUGUGCAGAAUGUCAUUUGGUGAAACCCGGAAGCCUUACUAAAGAGCGAUUUUUGUAUGUUUCGUUUUGCUCAGAUUGGAACAUUUUUGGACUGAGCCUCGUUAUCAAUAUCUAUUUGCUGGACAUCAUCUGGCUUGGACUCUUUGUCAAAAGCCUUUUAUGAAACAGGGUCCAUAAGAAAUACUUUCUUUGAAAGUCUUUCCAUGCACUCAAUUUAUCCAGAGGAAAGUACCAAGUAAACUAUCUACUCACCUUCCCAGAUCUAAAUUCCAAUCCUCUAGCCAAAAAUGAUUUGGUUAAAUUCAGUAAAAUCAUAUGGAAAGGAAACUGUAUAUGCUGCAUGUGUCAUUAUGCAAAUGGUUAAUCUGAUGUGUAGUUUGCUUUUUCAACAGACAGAAACCAUAUGAAUAGAAAAGUGGUUACAAUUGGACACAGACAUGAUCAUGAAUGGAUGGAUGCAUGGAUCCUUCCUUUCUGGCUUGAGAUAUUGGUAAUUUUCUGAUAACACAAGACCAAAUAGCUAUUAAAUUAUUGGAAAGAGUAUCUACCCUCCUUUGAUACAUACUAAAUUAAAUAAAUUUAGUAAACGUUUAUUUCCUUUCUGGCUCCGCUUUAUAGAUAAAGAGCAGAAAAGGCAUUUUUGAGGUAAUGAGGCAGCAAGUGCUCAUUAAAAUGCUAAAAAAAAGCAUCAGAAAUGGCCCCAUUGAAACUAACUAAUAGCUUGUUGGUUUCAAAGGCGAUGCAGGGAAUGGACAAGACAAUUUUUAUAUUUAUGAUCUGUGGAUUGUGCAGUAAUUAUUUGAGUGCAAAAAGCAUAUGAAGCUUUUCGUUUAUAUUCAAGUGUUUCAUUAAGUCUAUAAUUUCCUAAUUUCCUAAACCACUCGAAUGCUGGAGUCUUCCUGUUUUGACAGGUGUAUUUUGCGAAAUGAAAAAAGUGCCAAUCCUAUGUACUUGAUGUAGAAGUUCACCUGGCGUUUACCGUCAUUUGUUCAUAGUGGAUCCCGUCAGCUCUGGUGUUUGUAACUUGUGUGCAUGGAUAAUAUUUUCACUGUGGUAAUCAACCUGUAAUAUUUUUUUUUUGGAUGUGUGAGCUGUUUGAUGGAGUGUAAUUUUCUGCACCUCUGCAUGGAUGUUCAACUGGUGUAAAAUAAUAAAAACACAUUUGUGGCCAUUUUUGUGUUUUAUAGCCUACUUCAUUUUAACUCCACUGUGGUGCAUUUUUACAUCACUCGUGAGGGUGA